CUUACUUAUCAUUUUUUCGUUUCUCCUUCAUUUCCUUAUGAAUCGAUUUAGGUGUUUGAAACUCUCUGCAAUUUGUUUCCAGAUGGAGAUUUAGUUUUUAAUGGAUAAUGAUGUGCAUGAACCAUUGGAAGGAACCGAAGAUGAUGAUGCUGUCAAACUUAAGAACUUUCGCCAAGCGUAUGAAAUGAUGAGAGGAACUUAUUUAAGAUAUUGAGACAGAGAUUUGGUUUUACGCGUUCUAUUCGAUGGCUAAUGUACAUGAAUCCUCCGAAGGAACCAAAGAUAAUGCUGCUAUCAAACUUAAGAACUUCCGCAAGCAUAUGAAACGAUGUCGUAGACGAUGUCCAGCACAAAUUGACGAAAUGGUUCGCCACUCUGACAACCCAGAGAUGUAUCAGGAGGAGGUACGCAGGUAUGAGCAGGCAAACUGGGUGGGGUUGUAAAUUAUGCAACUGCCAGGAGGCUGGAGCAGGGUCAGCUCUUCUACAAAGAAUAUUAUCCUGAAUGGGCUAAGUGUAAUAUCCCCAAGGAAAAUGAAGAGUGUUAUGCUAAAAAAUCUCCCACUCUUCCAGUCUCCUACAAAGAGGACCUGCAGUUGGAAAAACACAAUUCUGAGAUUACGAAGUUAACUGACGUCGCACUUCGUUACUCUGUAGAAGAGCAAGAGAAAAAGACCAACAAAGGUACCAUUGAAGCCCAUGUAAAUGAGUUCCACUAUACAAUCUCCAGUCCCACUGUGCAGAUAGAUUUUAUUUAUAAGAAUGUAAAGCAUGCAUUUUUCCAAUCUGAAGACGAGGAGAUGGCGCCUUUCUUGCACUUCAACUUGCUUGUACCCAUCAAUGUGGAGGGGACUCUAGAAGCAAAUGAUAUCCUAUUCCAGUUGGUGAAGACCGUUGUGGGACAGAAGAGAUCUGCCGAAGAUUUAGAUAAGAUUUGGAAAUAUGACUAAAACAAAGAUUUCCAGAAGUUUGUCAAAAGAGUUGAAGCUAAGUGGAAUUCCCAAGCAAAAAGAAACGAAUUUCAUGGGUCAUCAGGAGUCUUCGCCCUGACAAGUUUUGCCUAGCUGGAAUCAUAAAAACACCUUUCUUUGUGGUUGCGUUGACAGAGAUUGAGUUUGUUAAUCUGGCACAUCUACGGCCCGGAGAAACUGAUAUGGCAAUCGUAUUGAAGGACUUCACACGUAAUGUGUUCCAAAUCAACUCAGUUCCCUCAACAUCAGUCGCUGCCAUCAAAGAGUGGUUCGACAUGUUAAAUGUCAAAUACUAUGAGAACAAGAAGGAGCAUGACUGGAAUCACAUACUGAAAGAUAUUAGAAAGGACCCUCAGGGUUUCAUCAACAAAGGUUGCUGGCGUUCCCUUGACCUUGAGUCUAGUGCGGCUGCUGCACUUUCUUCUGACUCUUACAAGUCAGAAGAUUCUGAAUCUGAUUUUGUGGAAGAGGAAUUCCCAUGGGAUGAUGUGUUUGAUAACUGCAGAUCAAAUAGCACAGAAGAUGAGAGUGAAACAUGAGGAGCAUAAAAGGUCAUCCGUAUUUUACAUUUUUACUUUAAAUAGUUGUAGUUUAUCCUUGUAUGACAAUUACUUACUUUGUGCUGAGUUACUCUUUUAUAUGCCAGUCUGAAGGCAAUUUUUAGUAUUUAAGACCGUUUUUGUGAAUCUCGUAUGAAUGCAAGUUUGCACUUGUUGGGCGACCAGAUGUGUUAGGAAAUAUAGCAUCCGCGGCAUUUGGAGCAAAGUAUGUUGCAGCCCCGACAUUUGAAGGUUGUUUAAUGGAUUUACUUUGAAACAGGUGCGCAGUUUUCGAAGUAAGCGAUAAAUUAGGCCUUGGUCCUUGGACAUGUAUGUUGGAUAAAUUGGCAGAAAAUGACAGGAAGCUGACUCUGAGAGGUGUUUGGCUUUACGAAGAUGAAAAUGAUUGUAAGAUUUCUUUGCCCACAGUGAAGCUAAACAGUCCUCUCUUGCUAACACUAUGUUUGACACUGAAAGAUGGUUUAAACAUACUGAUGGACCAGCACCAACAAUUACCACUUCUCCACUGGACACUUUUGAAUCAACUUCUAUUCUCAGUUCUAUUCUCAGGUUUAAAAUUCCCUUUGUUUUUUCAUUACCGUGUUUUCCUAAUUCUAGCAAUUCUUAACGGCUAUUUUUGGGUUUCCUUUUUUCGGCAUAUCAGUUCCUAUAUAAGGUAGCUUUUCCAUGUACUACUCCCUACUUGUAUUUGUUGGUUAACGCUCUGUUCUGAAGAAAAACUAAAGAGAUGAUGAUGAAUCAAGUGACGAUGAUAGAGAUGAAGACACAGAAAAAGGGAGGAGAUGGUCGUAAGAGGAUUAAGAUCGAAAAAAUAAAAGACAAAUCAAGAUUACAAGUUACAUUCUCCAAAAGACGAAAGGGUUUGUUCAAGAAGGCGACUGAAUUAUCUAUUUUAACUGGUGCACAAGUAGCACUGAUUGCCUUUUCUCCUGCGGGAAAACCAUAUGUUUGUGGGAAUCCUGAUCUCCUACUCGAUCGAUUUGUUAAUGGUGAAGCAUCUGAAAUUCAUCAGAGAGAUCAUAACGAUCCAGAACAGAGGAGGUAUAUGGAAGUUGAGCAAGAAUUAGAAGCUGAAAAGAAAAGAGGGGUUUUCUUGGAGUCUCUGAUAAAUUGUGAUUUGGGGGUUGGUAAUGAUAAAUCUUGGUGGGAUACAUAUGUUGAUGGAUUGAGUUUGGAUGAAUUAAAACAGAUGAAAAGUGAUAUGGAACAACUCCAGAAGUGUGUUGCACAGAGAUCUAAUGACUUAAAGAUGAACAAUAACACAGCUUCUUCUUCAUCUUCGUAUGAAGAUAAGUCCCUUGCGUUGAUGAAUUUACCGGCUGGUAAUGAUGACAUUGUUGAUGAUGAUUAUCUGAAUGAAGAGAUGGUUAAUGAGUUAGUCUUUGGUUUUGAUCCUCAAGAGUAUGAUUUUGGGACUACAACUUCUACUGAUCAAGAAAUCACUGCGGACAUGUUUUCUGAUGACUACUACUACUAGUACUGAUUAUAUUUUCUAAGGCUCCAUUCCAUUGUUUUAAGUUUAUGAAUGUAUGUAGUGAUUGGUUUAUUUUUGAGGAAUUGUAUGUAUUCAAAUUCAAUUUUUCUUUUCGAUUCAUUUGAUCAUUCACCUC